AAGGUGACGGAGUUGGUGCUCGAUAAUUGCCGAUCCAGCAACGGCGAAAUCGAAGGUCUGAAUGAUUCAUUUAAAGAACUCGAAUUUCUUAGCAUGGCCAAUGUAGAGCUGACAUCGUUGGCCAAACUUCCCACGUUGAGUAAGCUCCGAAAGUUGGAGUUGAGCGACAACAUCAUUUCAGGAGGCCUGGAGGUCCUUGCAGAAAGAUGUCCAAAUCUCACAUAUCUAAAUCUAAGUGGCAACAAAAUCAAAGAUCUUGGCACUGUGGAAGCUCUUCAAAAUCUCAAAAACUUGAAGAGCCUUGACCUGUUCAACUGUGAGAUCACAAACCUCGAGGAUUACAGAGACAGCAUUUUUGAGCUGCUUCAACAAAUCACAUACCUAGAUGGAUUUGAUCAGGAAGAUAAUGAGGCACCGGACUCAGAAGAUGAUGAUGAUGAGGAAGGAGAUGAGGAUGAUGAUGAUGAAGAUGAGGAUGAAGCUGGUCCUCCAGGAGAAUAUGAAGAGGAAGAUGAUGAAGAUGAUGGGGGUUCAGAUUUAGGGGAAGGUGAAGAGGAAGAGGAAGUUGGUCUUUCAUACCUGAUGAAAGAAGAGAUUCAG